GCCGAACUCACAUUUUCUUGACUGCAAUGCAACGCGUGUCGCGAUAUUCGUAGUUUUUCAACAAUUUAACAUAAAAAUCAUUCCAACACGGUUUUAAAUAUUUUCUGAAAAUCAAUCCCGUUGCCACAUCAGACCCGAGACGAUGAAUGACUCAUUCCUCGAAGAUCUAGGACUAGUGGAACAGAAGGCAGGAUCUGCGGUUCGUGAUGCAGAACGAUACAUAACAACUCGCCAUUCGGAAUCACCAAAGGUGGAUUUCAGUAUCGACUUUGAGCGAGAAGUAAUGAGAAAACAGGGUAAAAAAUUAGGAUCUCCAGGGGUUGGAAAAAAGGCAGUGGCCUCCGCGGAUCACCCAGAGCCCCAGCAGUCACCAGGAAAACGCCAUAGCGAACCAAAGCCCAAGCCACUCACAAAAGAUAUGAAGACCUCAUCAUCGAGGACAAAGCAUACUGAAAAGAAGGUGAAAAUUGUGGAGAAGAUAAAACCCAUGGAGAAUCUCGAUAAACUGGAGGACCUGAAAACGAUCCAGGGGUUCAAGUCCAGGGGGAAACGUGUGAGUGGCUCCAGGGAGAGUAGCAGGUUGUCCGACGGCUCAUCCAAGGAAAACAGUCGACCUUCAGACUCCUCUGGGGACAGUGUCCAGGCGGAAAUCCUAAGGGAACGGCACAGGGGCGCUGAUAGCAACGUCAAAAGGCCAGAGCCUGGUGAUAAUGCCUCUCUGACGAUGCUCAAUGCAAUCAAGGAGAUCGUCAGCACUUACACAAAGCUCGAAGGCCAGAAGGUGAUGAGGAUGAUGCAAGACCUCUACGUUAACUCUCAAUCCAACAUGAUUAAACAGCUGAUGCUCGUCACUGACGAUCUCAAAGACCUCAAUCUCAGUGAGGGCUCGCCCAGGUUCCAAGCACUUGUUAAGGAGAAUCAUCAGUUGCUGGAAAGUGUUGCUUUCCUCAGGAGUCGCGUCGACGAACUCCAAAAGGAAGCCGAGGAAUUUGACAAGUUAAAGCAGGAGAACUUCAUCCUCAGGGGAAAAAUUCGAGAACUUGAGCAGAAGUAAGUGGUUAGGAGUUUUGUACUUUUUUG